GACGGCCACUGUGGAACUCGAGCAUGAUGAAUUCUGUCGUGCCUUCUUCCCCUACCCUGGACAGACGACUCCGACGUGGCUGAGAUCUCGCAUCGACUUCCACAUGUUGAAGAGCGCGGAUGCGCUGUCUCAACAUGAUCUUCCGGAGCUCUUCAUCCAGGCAAUGAACCGCCACUGUUUUUCUUCCAGUUCGACACUAUCGACCUAUACCUGUGACUUUGACACCGAAUCCACAGGUCCAAUAACUCAUGCUGCCAUCUUCCGUGCCGAGGAGUCGUCCAGCAAAAGGCCACAGUCUUGGUUCGAUCAGAGCGUCCCUGUCGUCUUCGUCCGUCAUUUCACCGGUGGAGAUCCUUUCGACCGCACACAGCUCGACGACGAGUAUGGAGUAAUGAAAGAAGAGAGCCAGCGAGUCUUCAAACAUCUCACCAAGACCGUGGACCGUCUGUUCGCCGCUCAGCAGCGCGUCUUCCUCUACAUGCUUCUCGUCAUGGGCCGUAGGUGUCGUGUUCUACGUUGGGACAGAGCGGGUGUAACCGUUACGCCGGCCUCUGACUACUACGAGAGACCUCGCCUACUUCGCGACUAUCUGUGGCGCCUUUCUAACAUGGAAUCGUCUGCACUCGGUUUUGAUCCAAGUGCUACCCGCGUUCUCCCUGGCGACGUCGACUUCGUACGGAUGGAUUUCUCGGCGCUCCCGGACCCUACCGAUGCAGACCACACCGAGCGCGAUCUCACGGACGAAGUCCAGGAGCCCUCGACUUUCGCAUAUGUCCGCGCCAUGUUCCGCGCCUCGCUCGCUUCCGAUUGGCCUCGCUAUCGGCUCCAAGUUCCUGACGGGAAAGAAACCCGCAGUUUCCUUGUCGGGAAACCUGUCUUCCGGGCCGAUGGAGUAUUGGGUCGCGGGACCCGCGGCUACGUCGCUCUUGACUGCGAGACGCAUCGGUUUGUGUGGCUCAAAGACACAUGGCGGGCAGCGUAUAUGAUUGCGCAGAGAGAAGGGGACGUCUUGCAGAAGCUGAAUCAGGCGGGCGUGGAAUAUAUCCCGACGCUCGUUUGCCACGGCGACAUCCUUGACCAGAGCACCAAGACCUUUGACUGGUGGGAACGCAUCCAUGCGCUCCCAUCCAUCCCGUCAUCGUCCUCUCUCUCAACCGACGUCUCUCACUCCUCAUCACGCACCCUAGUCGAUCAACAACCUGUCGGCAAGCGGAAGAGAGCAGAGGAUAUUGGUGACGACACCAGCCUUCGGCGAUCAAAAGGCCCUCUCACUCCCGACGUAUCAGGACACUCGGGGUGCCCUUUGCAAGAGCACAAGCACUACCGAAUAGUGGUUGAAGAGGUGGCCAUACCGCUCAAGAAGUUCCGGAACGGAAAGCAGCUGGCUUCAGUCGUACUUGACGCAAUUCAAGCACAUUUUCAAGCAUCCACGAAGCCCCCGACUCCCGUUCUUCAUCGCGAUAUUAGCUCGGGGAACAUACUCAUAUACCCCAGGGUCCGGCGCCUCGAGGACGGCACGAGGUUAGCCAUGGUUUGGACCGGCCUCCUCGUAGAUUGGGAGCUGUCGAAGCCCAUUCAUGGUGAAAAGGCGUCGUCCAAAGCCACCCAAGCAGAACGUAUGGGGACGUAUCAGUUCAUGUCGGUCAACCUCUUGACCCGCCCAUGGAGUCUGGUCAAAAUCUCGGACGAACUGGAAUCGUUCUUCCACGUCCUCGUGUACAACUCCGUCCUCUACCUUCGCUCCAACUGCGAUUGCCGCACCUCAUACAUCGACAAUUAUUUCAACGACUACGCUGGCCCAGCGCGCGCUCACACGUGCGGGUGGAAGUCGUUUGCCGUCGAGAUCGACGACUGGCUUUGUACGCAGGUGCCCGAUAGGAGUAGGCUCCUCUUCGAUAGUCCGAUGGACGACGUCUUUGGCGAGAUACACAAGUGCUUGAAGGCGCACUACAAAAGCCUCAGCUAUGACCUUGUGCAAGCGGCUCCUCCACGCCCCAAGGUGGUACGUCCUCCUCUCUCAGCCGACCUGAAGUUGCGCGCUCCCGUCGACAUCUCGUGCCUGAGCAUCCCGGAGGACAUCGUCAAGAAGUUGAAAAACAGGCGCGUCAAGCAUUUCCCGCCUCCAGACCCCACCCCGACACAGGAGGAUAGGGAACGAGCGCGGAGGAUCAUGGAGCAUCAGUUCAUGAUCGAGCACAUCGCCAGGAUACUCCGGAGUUCCCAGUGGCCUGAAGACGACCGUGUCGCUCCGGCUGAGGAAUGCGCCCCCUCGUCCGACGAUGCGAGGGCGGGCGUGCUUGCUCCAAGUACGACGCUCAGGAGCAACAAGCGGCGGCGGAUUGCUGGCCCCGAACGCCAUGUUUCCUUCCCCGCCCGUCUUCAUGCGUCAACGCGCCGUACGCGAGUCGCAGCGUACACCGUUCCGGUUUUCGUGAGGGUGUAGCGAUCUAACGAUGUUCACGACGACGAGUACCUUCGUGCGUAGCAUCCGCCACGGUGACGUCUACCAUGUCUCCCGUCCUCUGUACAUGUAUCGACAUCCCUCCCUUUCCAUUGAACCUCUCGUCUCGCUAUCGUAUCGUGCUGGGUUGCUACUGUUGUGGAAGUCUAUUGCUUUACAUCCUAACUUAUAACGUUUGCAGGUUUAUUCUUCUCUAGAUCUCUCAUUCUAUAUAGUAUCUGUAAUGGUGCUGAUUCUGUGGUAUAUACAAUCUGCGCCCAAGGUCACACUGAGCGGAUGUUCCAUAAGCAACCUCUCACCACAGUGUCUCAACAUCGGAUGCAGACGUACCACGUCUUACACGCGCGCGCGUCUGUCGCUCAUUCGUGUUCCCUCUCGUCAGUUG